AUGGACAGAUUGAACCAAUUGGCUGGCCAAUUAUCCCCAUCCUCUAAACAGGCCCUUCUCCAGAAAAACCCCGAUGAUGUUGUAAUUGUGGGUGCUUACAGAACCGCCAUGACCAAGGGAGGUCGUGGUGGCUUCAAGGACGUGGGUUCGGAUUGGAUCUUGACCAAGUUCUUGGAAGCGUUCUUGAAGAAGACUGGCGUGGACCCCACUUUAAUUGAAGACGUGGCCGUUGGUAAUGUGUUGAACAGAGCUGCCGGUGCUUCUGAGCACAGAGGUGCAUGUCUUGCUGCAGGGAUUCCCAACUCUGCUGCUUUCUAUGCUGUGAACAGACAGUGUUCUUCUGGAUUGAUGGCCGUGUCCGACAUUGCCAACAAGAUCAAGUGUGGUGAGAUCGACUGUGGUAUUGGUGCAGGUGUGGAGUCCAUGUCUGCCAACUAUGGUCCUCAAUCCAUUCCAAAGGUGGACCCUGAAUUGCAGGAGAACGAGCAGAUGGCCAAGUGUUUGAUCCCUAUGGGUAUCACCAACGAGAACGUUGCCGAGAAGUACAGCAUUCCACGUGCCAAACAGGAUGCUUUUGCCGCUGAGUCGUACAGAAAAGCUGAGCAUGCCGUUUCUCUGGGACUCUUCAAGUCUGAAAUCUUGCCUAUUGAGGCUUACACUCGUGAGGAUGAUGACGAUGACGAUGAGGGCUCCGGCGAGAUCAAGAAGAGCAUUGUUGACACUGAUGAGGGUCCAAGAAAGGGUGUCACUGCCGAAUCUUUGGGCAAAUUGCGUCCUGCCUUCAAGCCAGACGGUGUUACCCACGCUGGUAACGCUUCCCAGGUUUCUGAUGGUGCUGCUGCCGUUUUGUUGAUGAGAAGAUCAUUGGCCGAGAAGCAUGGUUAUCCUAUCCAAGGCAAAUUCGUGAUGUGUUCUUCUGUUGGUGUUCCACCUGAAAUCAUGGGCAUUGGCCCAGCAGUGGCCAUUCCCAGUGUGUUGAAGAAGACUGGUUUGACUGUCAGUGACGUUGAUGUGUUCGAGGUCAAUGAGGCUUUCGCUGCUCAGUGUUUGUACUCUGCUGAGACAUGCAACAUUCCCUCUGAUAAGUUGAACAUCAACGGAGGUGCCAUUGCUUUGGGUCAUCCUUUGGGUUGUACUGGUGCUAGACAAUAUGCCACUAUCUUGCCUUUGUUGAAGAAGGGGCAAAUUGGAUUGACUUCCAUGUGUAUUGGUACUGGUAUGGGUGCAGCCUCUAUUCUUAUAAGAGAGUAG